GGGAUGGGGCUUUGCGCUUCUAUUAAGGUCUAUCUGCGUUGCUACAAGACUUUAAGGAGUAGCAGCUACACCGAAAGUCUCUCAGUUUAUUGUUUUUAUUUAUACUUCCGUGUUUUCCGUGUUUUAAUUUCCGUGUUUUGAGGACGGAUUAGAUUUUGUCAUAUUUUUUACUUAUAAUAUGCAUAUAUUUUGAUAAAUUUUACGACAGAUUACUAUUUUUAAUCAUCUGUUGUUAGUAUAACAAGGGCCUAACUUAUAUUUUAUUUCAUUUACGAGCGUACGUAUCGUAACCGUUAGUAUAAUAUGGAAGAAAUAAAUGCAAUGAAUGAAAAACAUGCAAAUAGUCUAAUUAAAAUAAAAUUAUUGUUGCGUGAAGUAGUAGACAAUAAUUUUCAAAAUGAUACGAUUACAAUAAAAUUACUAGAUAACAAAAGAGAAAUCGCAGUGCUUUCCAAAGAAGUAUUGUCUUUAAAAAAAAAGUUUGAAACUGAAAAGCAAAAACUUGAACGUAAACAAUAUGAAUCAGACGAACAUAAUCGCUUACUGACAGACAUAAACGAAGAAAAGGAAAAUUUAGAUAUAUCACUUAGAGAAUUGGAGAUAGAGCAUAAAACUAUGAAAAAAGCAAAACCAAGUUUGCGUGAUCAACAGUUGUUAGAAACUGGAAAACGAAAACACAAACUUUACAAAGAAUUUACUUGUAUAAGAUGGGACUAUUCUGCUCCAGAAUCUGUGAUUGAAGGCUAUAUAACAAACAAAAAAGACUAUUUGCAAAAAAUUUCGUACAAAAGUGACAUAGAUUACAAAACAUUAAGAGAUUUAUCAUGGGACGGUGUAUUUCAAUCUACAGUGGAUAACACAAGGAUAACCAAAGACUGUAAAGAGAACAAAUAACUUCUUUUAUCAUUAAUUGUGAUUUUUUUUAUAAUUUUUUUCUUUGACACUAGCCUUUGAGCUUAUCACAUUUGUAAUAAAUUAUGCGAUAUUUUAUUACCUCACAUCCUUUACAUUAGAUAUAAAAACGACUUUUUUUUACUUCUUAUAAAAAAUAUAUAUUUUUUGAAAAAAUAAAAAUUACAAUACUUUUCAUGAAAUACGCACUAGUGAAAAAAUUUGUUUUUAAUAGACAUUUCUUAUUCACAAGUUAACGUACUACUGGAAUAAUUAAAAAUAAUCCUUUGUAUAAUACUGCAUUAUUACUAUUUACUUAUCAAUUUUCUUCUGACUAGCAAAAAUGAAAAGUAAGUAACAUAGAAUGACAAAAGAAAAGAUAUUGCUACAACUGCUAUCGUUGUAAUAAUAAGAAACAUAAUACAACUAAGAACUGUCAUUCCAAUCAUCAGCAGCAUUACUACAACAAACAAGUAACAAAUAAAAGCAAUUGCAACAUUUAUAAUAGCAAAGAUUGUAAAUAAAAAUAUUGGAAUAACCAAAGUUGCAACAACAAUAAUGAAACCGGCUAAUAGGAGAGGGUGGGAUAGCAAAUAUUUCAUCAUGCUAUCAACUUUAUCAAAGACCUUUGCAUCUUCAAAGAAUUUUUUACACUUUUGUUGUAUUUUGUCUAUACCUAAAACAUUACAUAUUAUUAAUUUAAUGUAAUUAUAACAAUGCAUUAUAAGAAUAUAGUAUAUAAUUCUGCUUCUUA